AUUUUCUUGACAUUCUCCACUCUCUUUUUGGACCAAAACCUCAAAUUGAAAAACCCUCAUUGUUUCUUAUAUACUUACUUCUUAGUUUAAAAAAAACCCUCGUAAAAUUUUCCAAGUAUUCGUUCAUGUCGUCUAACAAUCCAUCGCAGCUCCUCCCAUUAGAGUUGAUUGACCGAUGCAUCGGGUCGAAAAUAUGGGUGAUAAUGAAGGGCGACAAGGAGCUGGUGGGUACCCUCCGCGGCUUCGAUGUCUAUGUUAAUAUGGUGUUGGAAGAUGUUACUGAAUAUGAAAUCACCUCUGAAGGAUGUCGUAUUACAAAACUUGACCAGAUCUUACUCAACGGCAACAACAUUGCCAUAUUGGUUCCUGGUGGCUCGCCUGACCCGGAGUGAGGUGCUCGUUUUCGGUGGCAGUCCUUUGAUCUGCUCUGCUCUGGCCUUCUGAGCUGCUCUGCUCUGACCUCUGAGUUGUUCUGCUCUGGUCUCUGCUCUGACCUUUGAUUUGCUCUGCUCUGGUCCCUCUGAGCUUCUAUGCUC